AUGAAGAUGAGAUUUCUUUGGCUCUGCUUUAUUUGUUUAAGUUUCUCCAACCUAAGCGAGUCAGUUUGGUGGUAAGUGAGCAAUUGAUCCUUUAACUCGUUUUUGUCGAGUCUUCGCAGCCUGCUUUUCCAAAUGCCUUCUACGAAAUGUCUCUUAACUCGACUGAUUUUUUUUCUUGGGCUUUCUCCAGGACCUUAGGAACACAUACCACACUGUCAACGGAUCCAGCGAAGAAAGCAGCUCUCCUGUGCUUCACAACUCCUCAGCUUAACACAAAACAACGAGAUAUUUGCCGGAGACACCCAACUCUAAUGGCAAGUGUGGCCAAGGGAGCCAGAGAAGCGGUUGAAGAAUGUCAGAUUCAGUUUCAGCACAGGCGAUGGAAUUGUUCGUCUGUUCCUGACUCUGGAACACUGUUCGACCCGAUCUUAAAGCGAGGUAAGCGAGGUCUGCUUUGAGCCGUGAGCAUUACAUAUGUCUCACUUAAAGGUGACAGCUUCAAGAUCUGUUUACUUAAACCCAAAGGGUUCGUUUUCUUAGGAUAGAGAUUAUUUGUCAGGGACAGAAUUGUAAGUCUACUUUAAAGCAUACUUGUUUUUCUUCGAAAGUUGCAGCAUUUAUCGACGGUUAAGUUGGGUUCGUGUUUGUCGGCUCUCAUAGGAAACAUUCUAAUAACUUUAUACCGUAUUCAUGGGCGCUACGCUUGUGAUCUUAACUUUCUUUUGUUCUGAGAAAAUGAGACAUUGACCACUUUAUUGAUUGUUUACAAAAGGAAGAUUCCUUGUUUCUUAGCAGUCUUUAAGGCAGUUCACGACACACAUUUUGUGGUUGUGAUUCUCUCUGACUCUUUUUAAAACCUAAGGACGUGAUCUUAUUGUUAGAGACAUAAGGGAUAAAAAGAUGUGUUUUGUUAACCCCCUUUGAAGUUCUAAAAACCGAAAUCUACUAAGAAAAACAACUUCUAGAAGUAAUGCAAAAAAAGCCAAAAGUUCAGUGUCGUGACAAAAUUGGUUCUAAUUUUAUUAAAGACAGACUCAAGUGUACUUGGACACUGAGCUCUGAAUCUUACACAGAAAAAUUGUUCAAUCUGAACUGUCUUCGGUUUCACUUUGCCAGCGUAAGGUAAAAUCAUUAACACGUAAUUCUGUAUCCAACUGUACUGACGAAGAUAUUCCGUUUACUAAAGUUCAAUGUGCAGUGCAGGAAUCAUAUCUCAUUAUUUAAACCAUGAUAAUAUUCCGCCAUAACAUUUUACCUGGCGUUGUUUUAACUUUUUCAAUUUUUACUUGGAGACUUUCCCUUUUUUCAACUCUGUGUGCAAAAUUCGUUCGACUUCAAGUAAGGUCGUUGGAGGGAAGCAAUAGUAAAUACCUACUGCACAGAUCCUAGAAAGGGGAAGAAUGACUACGAUUCCCGUGAGACAAUCUCAAUGUCAUAAGCCAGAAUGACACACAGCUAUAACUCAGUUUCGUGAUACUCAGUCGUGUCUGUACAGAAACUACAGACACCAUGCUCAAUGGAUGCGGUUAGUGUCUUAAGCCUUGUUUCCUGAAUGGAAAUGACCGAACUACGAUGUAUUUCCUUCAUAUAAAUUUGCAGUAUAAUCACUAUUUAGGCAGAUGUUUUGACGUCAAAAGUUGGAAAAACAUUUUUAAAGAGACCCUAGAAAAGACAACUAUUACAGCGGAUUGAAAAGAACUUUAAGGCAGCAAUGUAUUUUCUUCAGUUGAAUAACUUUUUCAUAAUUUGUCUAAGGAAAUCGGUUGAACAGCGACAAAACAGCCAUGAUAUAAUUUGAUCGCUUUACAAUUGCACCCGUUGUGCUGUCGGCAAAUUUCAGUUUAGGUCUCUGAAAUUCUCUUUUUUUAAACUCUCUGAGUUUUUCAUUUAACUACAGCUUUAGAAGGGCUGAUUAGGUUCUGCUAGAGCGCUACCCUUCUUUUUCUUGCUGAUGUCUAGCACGGAGAAUUGUUUCUCCCCAUUGAAGGUGACAAUGACGAACAUCCUAUUGCGGAAAUGCACCCUCUUUGCGUUCGUUUGAUGAACACCACAAAAUUAAUUUAUAGAUUUAUUUAAAUUUUAACUCCUUCCAGAAACUGUUUAUUCCGGAUCUGUCAGUGUUCCGAGCAUAUUCUGGUGAUACUUACAGUUUAAACCCCCAGAUUUAGACUAAACAUAACACACUGGAAGAUGUCAUGGUAAUGUGGCUUUCAUCAGAGUGGGGGCCUGUGGGGGGAAAGAGAUUUUUCAGGGGGAACAGAGGGAGGAUCAGUCGUGGCAAACAGAGUUUAAGGCAUAUAAAAGGAGUACUGUAGAAAAUUGACUGCCAAUGAGGGGGGAAGGGGGGUCGUAAGAAUAUUACAGAGCCCUAUGGGGGGAUCAGUUUAAUUUUACCGUCAGACAACCAAACUCCUCUGACCUCCCCCACCCCAAUCAAUAAUGGUUCCUUAAUUAACUUCUCGUGCACAUCUCAUGUGCACAGCUGAAUCAUCAAUGUCCGUGGCUGUGGUUAAACCACAGGUAGCCCAAGCUCACGUCUCGAGAAAAAGCCAACGAUUAAUUCAUGAACGCGUCACACGUAGUGUGACUCGGUGUUAGGUUACGAGAGGAACCGUUGAAAACUUGAACACGUUAUAAGGAAUAGUAUGGCGAAUGAAAUAUGGUCGAUUUACAACAAUAAAUAUUUCGAAAUGUGAAUAUUUUGCACGUAAAAUCAGUAAUGCUUACAUCCUGUGAGUCCGAUGUAGUUUCCGGCGAUUUCUGUUGUUUUAAGCUUGCUUUACCAUCACUGUUGUCAAAAGACAUAAAUUUUUAUGUAUUUUGACAUAACAGCGAUGGUAAAGCAAGCCUAAAACGGAAGAAGUCGCCAGAAACUUCAACGGACAGACAGGAUGUUAGUAAGUGUUAUUGAUUUUACGUGUGAAAUAUUCAUAUUUCGAAAUAUUUAUCGUUGUAAAUCGAUCACAUUUUGUUCCCAAUACUAUUUCUUAUAGCGUGUUCAAAUUUUCAACGGUUCCUUUCGUAAGUUAACACCGAGUCUCACAACGCGUGACGCGUUCAUGAAUAAUUGUUGGCUUUCACUCGAGACGUGAGCUUGGGUUGCCUGUGGUUAAACAAACUCGGGUGGGCACAAGAAAGUUAUUCACGCAGUGUAACUCUUAGAGCGGAAAUAAAAAAAAUUUCUUGAUCGUUACUUGAUUCUGUCAACACUGUAUUAGUUCAUUUAUCAUCUGCACACUAAGGGGAACGGAAGAAAAAACCUGAAAGGAACAUUAAACAGCUGAGGCAGGAUAAAAUCUUAAUCAUGACAUACGGUAUUGUCUUGAAUUUUUUCACUUUCUCUUGUUUGGAAAAUAACAUUGAAAACGUUUCGUUUAUUAUUACUUGACAAAAAUUCAUCUAAGAGUUCGUCGAUAUCAAAAUGUCUUAUAAAAACCAACAGAUUAAAUUCAACAAUUCUUCCUUGGACCAAUACCAGCAGUUAGUCUUAAUUUGUUUUCUGUAUUUGUCUCCCAAAAUCGUGAAAAAGUAAUAGUUUGUGGAAAAAAUUUCUGUGAAUAUCUGAGAUUCAAAAUAGAAUCAACUCCCUUACAUAUAUGCAGCUGCUACUGUUGGAAUCAUUCUUUCAGAUAUGGGUAUAAAAAUGCCAUUGCACUCGACUGAGACAGUUUAAAGACCUUUAAAAAGAGCAGCACAUGGCACCGAGUACUUCACAAUGUAUUUGCUAACGCCCACGACAUACUCCCCUUCCCUCCCCUCCCCCCGAAAAAUGAAACACUAAUCACAUAUAUACAUCUAAGAUUUUGCCAUGAAUUGUGGGACCUGAAAUAUUUCUUUAAUAAAUUGUUAAAAAUCCUUCUCGUGAUUAUCGUUGUUACAUUUGAAUAAUACUCACUAUAUUUAAGAUAUUGCAUGGCAUAGUGCCAACGUAGUAAACAAUUCAAUUUUAAAAAGCAAUUCAUUGUUUGUACAAUUUUUUUUAAAACUUUGGAAUUGUGAUUUGUUAGCCUUUCUUUAUGAGUUAUUUUAAUGAGACUUUGUGCAGUCUAGUUGAAUAUGUUACGAGAACCUACGCGGUAUGAAUUUCUAUCAUUAUGACUAUUAGUAUUGCCAUUUUUAUUCAACCCUGAGCGCAGAACUUUUUUUCACCGCUAGUAUUUGUCCAAAAUAAAUGCAGUUGUACAUAAAGUGAUUAUCUUUUUCAUAGCCAUGUAAAUAUCUCCUUAUUUUCUUCUUAGCCAGUCGCGAAUCAGCCUUUCUAUACGCCAUCACAGCAGCAGGAGUCGCCCAUGCUGUCACGGCUUCAUGUAGUGCUGGGAAUACCCAGAGUUGCGAUUGUGACCGAUCACCGAGUGGUCCCACCCAGAAGGGCUGGACAUGGGCAGGCUGCAGCAGUAACAUCAAGUUUGGAAGCUGGUUUUCAGAACAGUUUACUGACGCGCGGUCGAAAGGCAAUAGUCCAAGGGCUGUCAUGAACAGACAUAACAGCAAGGCCGGACGAAAGGUUACAUUUCUUGUCUUUUAACCCUUUCAUUCCCAGAAAUUAUUAACAUGUAACUUCUCCCUAUAAUAUCCAUACAUUAUCCAGCGAACAGGUAAUAAGAAUACUCAGACUUAUCAAGUUGAAGUUGUUAUCUCGAUCUAACACCAAAUUCUUGUAGCUCAUGACAAGGAAAUGUUUAGUAACUAGAAAUGAGAAUUAACAUUCAGAUCUUGGGAGAUAAACUGAGAAGAAAUAAUGACCUCCUAAAGGUUUGUUUCUCAAUUAUAAAGUUAAAACUGUUCAGUAUUGAGAUUAAAAUGGCUGAUUGGUGCGCUUUACUUUAUAUAUAUUUUUAUUCCUAAGGCCCUUUCAAAACUAGUCUGGAAGAAAUGCAAGUGCCAUGGUUUAUCCGGUUCGUGCUCAAUGAAAACAUGCUGGAUGCAACAACCCUCAUUUCGGGAAGUUGGGGAUCAUCUUAGACAGAAAUUUGACAGAGCAGCAGAGAUGACAAUCAAACUGAACAGAAGAGGAAAAGAACGUUUGAAGCCUAAGAACACUCGCUUGAAGAAACUCUCGGACUCCGAUUUGAUAUAUUACCAAUCGUCGCCAAAUUACUGUGACGCAGAUGUCAACGAGGGAACUCCAGGAACUUCGGGAAGAGCGUGCAAUAUUUCGUCAAAUGGAAUCGAUGGGUGCGAGCUUUUGUGCUGUGGGCGUGGUCAUAAUAUUCAACAGGACAAAGUUGUUAGAAAUUGUAAUUGUAUAUUUCUAUGGUGCUGUCAGGUAAAAUGUCAAAAGUGUCGAGAGAUUGUUAACAUCUACACCUGUAAAUAA